AAGAGCCUCAGAAGCAGUGAUGCAUCAGACAGGGAAUCCAUUAAGGCCAUCCUGCUCCCCUGGCAUUUAAAUGUUAACCUCUCCACUUAGUUACUCACCUGCUCUCCUCCAGGCAUCACUGUUAAAGCUUCUUCCACCCACAGCAUCAGGUACGGCAGCAAAUUUCUUAGGAAGACUGAUCUUCUCUUGAUCCGCCAGCGCAACUAUGAAGCUGUUGGCCUUUGGGCUGCUUCUGAUGAGCUCUGCAGGUUUUGCCCAGGAAGGCAUAGGUGACCGAAUCAUUGGAGGCUAUGCUUGCCCAUAUAACUCCAGAGCCUACCAGGCAGCCAUUGUAUCUGGACACAGAGGAAACUGGAGAAAUUAUUGUGGAGGAAGCUUAGUGCAUCCGUGUUGGGUGCUUUCAGCAGCACACUGCAAACCCAAACUAGGAAUGAAAGUGUGCCUAGGAAAGCACAACUUGAAGAGGGUUGAACAGGGAGAACAGUGCUUGAGUAUUGCUGAAGUUAAAGUACACCCAGGCUACAAUAGGAGGAAAAACGACAAGGAUUACAUGCUUCUCCGGCUUAGCCCCUGUGCCAAACUCUCCGAAUCCGUGAGGACUGUUCAGCUGCCUAACAGAUGCCCUAAUGAGGGGAAGCCAUGCACUGUCUCGGGCUGGGGCACCAUCAAAUCUCCUCUAGCUUGGGUCCCUGCACAGCUACAGUGUGCCAAUGUCAACAUUGUCUCAACAGAGCAGUGCAAUCGAAUAUAUCGUGGUGCUAUUUCACCGAAUAUGGUGUGUGCUGGAGUACCACAAGGAGGCACCGACUCCUGCCAGGGUGACUCUGGGGGCCCACUCAUCUGCGGCGGGCAACUCGAAGGCGUGGUUUCUUGGGGAACAUUCGUGUGUGCACAGACAGGGAAUCCAGGUGUGUACGCCAAAGUGUGCUGCAUUGUGCCUUGGAUCCAGAAGACGAUAAAUAACAAGUGGUGACUCACUUCCAUGAUGCAGAACUCAGUGGAAGAAGAAGGUUCCGCAAAAAGACCCUGAAGAUCAAUCAGCCCCCUGGCACAGUAGUUUUUCUUUCCCUUACUUGUUGUGAAGGACAUUCCAUAUUUAGCAAGGCUCUCCCCAAGGCUGGCUUGCACUAUUUUGCUGCCCAAAGAGAAAAUUAAUGUUGCUGCACCCCCUGUUCUCCAUCACGCUGUAUUGGCGGGGAGCAAUUGUAAACUUUAAGAAUGAAUGGAGUGGAAGAAAGGGGCUGCAAGAAGAGAAACAGAAUGGGGGGGUUAAAUACAGCCAUCCCCAUCUUUGGCUGUGUUGUGGGGAGAGCAGGGGACUUGUGGGUGGCGGAAGCAGAAAACAGCUGCCCUGCAGUGCCAUUCCAGAGUGGGGCUAAGAUAGCAACAGUGAAUGAGUAGGUGCUACCUUUAAAAGAUGGUUCCAAUUUUGUUUUGUGGUUUCUGACUCUCAGCUUUUGUUCUUCCAACAGCUCCCACUUCUCAUUAGGCCAGCUUUUUUCUCCAUGUGAUUUUCUUGUCCACCAGAAAUUGGUAUAUAAGGUUAAUAAACAUAGCAGGAUCCAGGUAUUUGCUUGACAAAGUGCUUGGGACCAAAAAGGAAUAUCACUGUUUGGGGAUGUCUGUAUGAUUGUGGAAUGCCCUUGUUUAAAGGAGGGGAAAAUUCCUGGAAAAUGCAGUACUAAUCCCCUUGAUUAUGCUGAUUAAAAAACUCACCCUGA